AUGAUCACAUUCGAGUACGAAUACGAAUACGAAUACGAGUUCGCAUUCACAUUCGCAAUGUUGCUGGUGCAAAUAUUUGGCAAGACCAUUAACAUAAAUCAGUUGCAGCUUAAAAGCAACAGCAGCAGAGAAGAGGAACAUUUACUGCCAGCUGCAUACAACUAUGCGGUCAGGUGGCGUAUACGUAAUAUACGUUCUAUUGAUUGGCUCAGUCUCGCCAUGGAGGGUCAACUGCUGGCAACAUCGCGUCCCUAUCUGCAGCUCUUCGCGCUGCUCACGUUGACACCGCCGCCCAGCAGCUUUGGCAUGAGUUCACGGAGCUGGCAACGGAAGUUCUUGCUGUCGAUCUUCUCACUUUACAGCUGCUGCAUUCUGCUGCUCUCAGUCUGGGUUACAUUCAUCAAUGUGGUUAUACUUGCGAUUGAGGUGCAAACCUUGGAGGUGACGGACUUUACAAACGCUUUGGGUUUGGUGCAGAAACUCUUUUACACGCUGCUGAUGGCCACCAACUAUGUUUAUAUGUUCAUCCACUACGGCAGAUUGGGAGACAUCUACAGAGAAAUAGCAGCACUCGAGAAAGACAUCGAUGGCACCUUUCAAUCCUUUGGCAGUAAGUGCAAGCAGCCCAAUUUCCGCAUCUAUAUGUUUAAACGCAUCGGACUGUGGGCCAUAUUUAUUGUGCUCGUCUUACCACGUCUCACAAUUCCUGUGCUCACGGACUUUAUGAGUUGGCGCGAUAGAAUUCUCACCGAGUUCAUCAUAAUUGUGCUGGAAUUCAAGAGUAUUGAGUACACGUUGUAUGUGUUCUUAAUAAGGGAAUUGCUUCGCAGACUGCGGCAUAAAUUGCUGCAACUUCAACGGGAGCUGAGCAACUGCGAACAGCGUGCUUUGCUCCAGGCGCUGUGCCUGGCCAUGAGACGCAACAAGCAGCUGUUGGGACGCAUCUGGCUGCUUGUGGGACAACUCGAGGGUUACUUUCUACUCCCUAUGCUGCUGAUCUUUCUUUAUAAUGGAGUUUGCGUGCUGCACAUUGUCAACUGGGCCUACAUACAGGCGCUCAAUCCCAACGAUUGCUGUCGCUUCUAUCGCGUUUUCUACUUGUUGAUACUGCUGACGAAUCUGCUGAUACCCUGCUAUUAUAAUAGUUUCGGUCGCAUUCUGCAUAAUAUACGCUGUGGUUGCGGUCGCAUUACGCCGCAAGAGCUCAGCAUGGUGGUCAUGGAAUAUGCGCUGCAGCUGGAGCAUUUAAAAUUGCGCUUCACCUGCGGCGGUUUCUUCGACAUCAAUCUAAAAUACUUUGGCGGCAUGGUUGUCACCAUCAUCAGUUUCACCAUCAUUUUAAUACAGUUCAAGCUGCAAGCGUUGCUCGACACCAAACAGGCGGCUACGCAACGUAACGGCUAAAGCUUAGAGCUGAGAAAGCUUUAAGCUCUGCACUUAACAUUACGGUUAACAGUUGCUGUUAAGAAUAAAUUUCUGUGGUUUUAAAUUUCGUA